AGUUGGGACAAUGAUGUGUUUAUACACGUCAUUGAGUUAGGCCUCUCGCUUUGCUUCUUCCUCUUUGGUGGUGCUCUCGCUUCAUCAUGUAGAGAGAAGUUCUUAGGCCGCAUGUGUUGUGACAAAACACUUGCGCUUCACUGACAGCCACACUUACCACUGCUUUUAAGUUAUUUUAAGACAGAUUCAGGUAUUUAUCUGUUAAUAUACGUAUAAAUAAAUAGACGAAAAUGCCCAAGAAAGCAAAAGAAGAUGCAGAAUGGGAAGGAGAAGAGGGAGCAGCCCCACCAGCGGCGGCAGAAAAAUCAGUAAAGAAAGGAAAGAAGGAUAAGAAGGGGAAGAAGAGUUUCUUUGAUGAGCUGGCCACAGAUAACAAAAAGGAGGAUGGACCUAUGGCGAAGGAGACUCAAGGAAAGCAGCCUCAGAAGAAAAAGAAAGACCGGCGGAAAGGUAAAGGUGGAGAGGGAGACGAUGAUGAUGACGAGGAUAUGAUGGAGAAACUGAAGAAGCUGUCAGUGCAAGCCAGCGAGGACGAGGAAGAGGAGGUUGUGGCCCCCAGAAAAGGCAAGGGAAGUAAGGCCGGGAACAUAUUUGCAGCUCUCAGUCAGGGAGACAGUGAUGGUGAUGAUGGAGUGGCUGGAGGGGAGGAUGAUAAUGAUGAAGAAGAGAGACGGAUGAAGGAGGUUGAGAAGGUGCAGAAGGGCAAGAAAAAAGAUAAACCUAAGCCAAAAGCAAAGGCUCCCUCCGAUGAUGAGGCGGAGGAAGAGAAGAAAGACAAGGAUGAGAAAAAAGCUGUGAAAAAUAACAAGAACCCAGAGGCUAAAACAGCACCCAAGGCAACUGAGGAGGAGGAAGCAGAGGAGGAGAAGCCCCAGCCGAAGAAAGGCAAGAAGGAACAGCCCAAGAGGAUGAACAAACCUGAUCGCCCGCCUCGCAGCGAAGAUGAAGAGGGUGAAGACGAUGAAGAUGACACAAUGAAGUGUGCUGAAGAUGUGAUCGCAGAGCAGGAGAAAGGUGACGACCCCUUUGCCAACAUGAGCAAGAAGGAGAAGAAGAAGAAAAAGAAAAUGAUAGAAUAUGAGAAGCAGGUGGCCAGUGUGCGUGCUGCCAACGCCAUCGAAGGUGAUUUCUCAGUGUCCCAGGCUGAGUUGUCUUCCAGGCAGGCCAUGCUGGAGAACGCAUCAGAUAUCAAGCUGGAGAGGUUCAGUAUAUCAGCUCACGGGAAGGAGCUGUUUGUCAACGCAGAUCUCCUGGUGGUAGCAGGAAGACGCUACGGUCUGGUUGGACCUAAUGGGAAGGGGAAGACCACUCUCCUGAAACAUAUCGCCAACAGAGUUCUCAGUAUCCCUCCUAACAUCGAUGUGCUGCUCUGUGAGCAAGAGGUGAUAGCUGAUGACACCCCGGCGGUCCAGGCUGUGUUGAAGGCAGACACGAGGCGUCUGAAGCUCCUAGAAGAGGAGAGACAACUCCAGGCUCUGCUGGAGAAAGGAGAAGACAGCGUGGCUGAGAGACUGGACAAGGUCUAUGAGGAGUUGAGGAUUAUUGGGGCAGCAGCAGCGGAGGCGAAAGCCCGUCGUAUCCUGGCUGGUCUCUCCUUCACCCCAGAGAUGCAGAAUCGAGCUACCAAGAAGUUCUCUGGAGGCUGGAGGAUGAGAGUCUCACUUGCCAGAGCUCUGUUCAUGGAGCCCACCCUGCUGAUGCUGGAUGAGCCCACCAACCAUCUUGACCUCAACGCUGUCAUCUGGCUCAACAACUACCUUCAGGGCUGGAAGAAGACUCUGCUCAUCGUGUCUCACGACCAGAGUUUCCUGGACGAUGUGUGUACUGACAUCGUUCACCUGGACAACCAGAAACUUUACUACUACAGAGGGAACUACUUGACGUUUAAGAAGAUGUACGUUCAGAAGCAGAAGGAGCUCCAGAAACAGUACGACAAACAGGAGAAGAAGCUCAAAGAUCUCAAGGCUGGAGGGAAGUCCACCAAACAGGCUGAGAAGCAGACUAAGGAAGCCUUGACCAGGAAGCAGGCAAAGGGAAAGAAGAAGGGAGGAGUGGAAGAGGAGAGUCAGGAAGCAACAGAGCUGCUCAAACGACCCAAAGAGUACACUGUCAAAUUCACCUUCCCCAACCCCCCUUCUCUCUCUCCUCCCAUCCUUGGACUGCACAGUGUGGACUUUGCCUUUGAGGGACACAAACCUCUCUUCAAGAAUGUGGACUUUGGUAUCGACAUGGAGACUAGAAUUUGUAUAGUUGGUCCCAAUGGAGUCGGGAAGAGUACGCUACUACUACUUCUCACUGGCAGGUUAAAUCCAACCAAGGGGGAGAUGAGAAAGAACCAUCGGUUGAAGGUGGGCUUCUUUAACCAGCAGUAUGCUGACCAGCUGAACAUGGAGGAGGCAGCUACAGAGUACCUCCAGAGGAACUUCAACCUGCCCUACCAGGACAGCAGGAAGUGUCUGGGCCGCUUCGGACUGGAGAGUCACGCACACACCAUCCAGAUCUCCAAGCUAUCAGGUGGUCAGAAAGCCCGAGUGGUAUUUGCUGAGCUGGCCUGUCGGCAACCUGACGUUCUCAUCCUGGAUGAGCCUACUAACAACCUGGACAUUGAGUCGAUCGAUGCCUUAUCAGAAGCGAUCAAUGAGUACAAAGGAGCGGUGAUCAUUGUGAGCCACGAUGCCCGGCUGAUCACUGAGACAGCCUGUCAGCUGUGGGUGGUGGAGGACCGGUCUGUCAACCAGAUAGACGGGGACUUUGAGGACUACAAACGGGAGGUCCUGGAAUCACUGGGGGAGACCCUGGUCCACAAGGUCAAAGAGUGACCUACCUACUGCAGAACCAGGGCUCUAUUGGCACUCUAUUCCCUGUACUGCACCAUUUUUCACCAGAGCACUAUGGGCCCUGGUAAAAUGUACUGCCUAUGUAGGGAAUAGGGUGCCAUUUUGAAAAGACCCCAGGAGGAAAUAGAAAUGUAAUGCAAAAUAACCUACCACUGAAGCUGGCCAUGUCAUCAGCUCAGUGCUGGAGUGAAUCUCGAUAGUCUAAAGUGGCUUUGUUUCCUUGUCUCGCCUGAUCGUUCACCACUUAUUUGAAUAAGCAUCAUGGCUGAAGUCUCUCCCAAAUCAGUUUAUUCAAAGAAAGGUGUGGUGAGGAAGCCACGUUAAGAGUAUUGAGAAUACACCCCUGGUGUACUGCAGUAUCCUCUCGGCCUAUGAGAUGCAUACAUUUUCUUAAGUUCAAUUUGCCACCUUGCCCCUCUCCACACAACUGUAGAUCUGAAAAGAUAGGGUGUGAUUUGGAAUUCAGAAUUUGACUGGACAAGUGGGCAUGUGUCAGUCAGCCAGGUGACAAUGGGACAGAAAGAAAGCGUAAUAUGCUGAAGUAUUUCUAUUGUAGAGGAAAUGGCAAUACAUUACCACUGGAUUCACACGUAGAAACCACGCUCUUAUUAACUGGGAAUAAACAUGUUGACACCUGUAUGAUCAAGUAUUUACUACAGCCAAAAAGGCAAUUAAAUAAAUGGAUUUUGCAUCUUAA